AUGUCGUUUAAUAAUAUUGUUGCUAUGGUUCAUAGUCUCUCCAAAGAACCUAAUAAAUUAAGUGAGAAUGAGGAAGCCAAAUUAUACAUUUAUCUCGCUGACAAGGGUGAUUCUGGAUUAGCUGAUGUUGAAAAAUUACUUUAUCUCUGCGAAACAAGUAACGAUGAGCUUGUAUACUUGAAAGGGUUAUUAAAGAAACCUAUUUCUGAUCAUCCAAUUAACACAGUAGGCACUUCUGAAUUUGUAUACGUAUUUAUCGAAAAUUCAAAUACAUUUAUGAAAGAGGCAGAUGAACGUCAGGUUCAGUUCGAUUAUGGUAAACUAGUUAAAACAGUUUUAAAUGGUCGACCUAUGGGCGCUGAUCCUGUAAUCGUUGGAUCACGUCCACUUCCCAACGAUACUUUAUGGGCAAAGCUUGAGAGUGAUGGAUUUAAUGUGACCAUUAAAGACCGGAAAUUUAAAGGAAACGAAGUCGUUAUAGAGAUGUUAAUUUAUAUUAUGAAUACAAUUCAUGUUCACAACAUUCCAGGUACAAUGAUAUUAAUCGCCAGAGAUGGCGACUAUGGGCCUGCAAUUAAACGAACUCUUAAGAAAGGUUGGAUUAAUGAGAUUUGGCUUUGGUCAAAAGGUUUAUCAGAAAGCAUUAAAGAAAUAGAUGUUAAUAACUCUGAAUUAAAUGAAUUACGAACAACAAUUGUACAUCUGGGUGAUUAUUAUAAGUUUGCCCUUAGACAUAAUAAUAAUGUAGGGACGAGGUUCAUUGAAAUAUUUACUGAUAUAGUUGACCAGAAGAAUAGGAUUAACUUUCUUACGAUAUUAGAUUUGUAUGAUUGGUGGUACAGGCCCAAUCGUGAUACUUUGAAAUUGUAUGUUAGUAAUUUUCAGCAAUGGAGGGAACUAAAGAACUUACUAAUGGACAAAUAUCCUCAAGCUAGGGAAAUAAAUAAAAAUGCGUUUUAUCUUGAGGAAAUUACUUUUUUAAAAACGUAUUUACCAUUUCUUAACAAAAGGCCAAUUCUGCCUGAAUAG